AUGGAAAUGGAGCCUAGCGGGGAUCCCCUCGACUGGACAGUUGACGAGGUGGUACAGUUUCUGUGCCAUAAUCCUGACGCGCCAUGGUCUCUCUCUUCGUCGGUUGUCGCGCGACCAGAUCCUGUCACCUUCGAGGCCGCUCUGCGGGACAAUGUGAUCACGGGGGAGGUGCUUCUCCACGAUGUUGACAUUCAUUCCCUGAAAGAAGACUUGGGUCUAAGAGCCCUUGGUCCCCGCAGUAGUAUGCAUAGUGCUGUUAGAUACCUGCAGCGGAAAUCUUCCAAAUACCAUCAAUCUACGACGCUAUCUACGAUUCCCUUCAGGAACCAAGUUCCCGAUGACACUCGGUCUACUAGUCAGUCUACGUUCGCAAGCCCCGCAACUCUAUCCCAUACACAAGUGCCUCGUAUAGAGACCCUUCAGCGAGAUGUUUUUCAGACCCCCCGCGUCCAUUCCUCUCCCACACCUAGCGCUUCAAUCCCAGCGGUGAAAUCGGUACAGCCUCAGGAUCAGUUGCAACAUAUCACUGCUGAGGACGGACACACAUCAGAUGAUGACGGCGAGGAAGAUGGCGUAAGUCUCGUUGUUCAAUCAAAUGUCCGUGCAUCAUCACAGGAGUCUCACAAGCGUUCACGUCCUGGUGAGCAAUUGGUCAUUGACAGAGAGGGGAAGAAACGACGCAAGCUUGAUCUAAGCAAACUCGACAACAAAGCUGACAGUGCGACUAACAAACCUGCCGUCAAACCUGCCGGCCAAUCUUCAAGCAGGCAAUGGUAUAUGGGACCCGACGCGACCACACCCUCCAAGUUGUUCUAUCCUCAAAGUCCCGCGACUGAAGACGAUGAGUUCUGUAUCUUUGGCUCACAAUGCCCCCCAGCUAGGCGCGCCUUCGUCAACAAAUGCCUAUCUCACUUUUAUCGCCAAGAUCCUGUGCGACUGGGCCCAACCAAGCAGGCUGUGGUUCCCUACAAUCCAAUCAGAGGGGAAGCAGGCCAAAGAUUUUUUACUCUUUAUACCUCCAAAGGUGGCCACGUUGCAGUGAGUAAGCAAGAUUUCCGAGACUGGCCACAACUUGAGAGUUCUAAGAGCUCGAACGGUUCUGAACCACCAAAGACCUCUGACCCAUAUGCAUGGCUUCUGGAAAAGUACCCUGCUCAAGAAGAUGGUCAGGAUGCAUUUCCGUUGUACGGAGACUCAGGGUCUGAGGGUGACUACGAUGAGGAGACUUGGCGAGAGAUUGACGAGGAGUCCCGAGCCCCUGUGAUUGCCAAACGAGCCAAGCUUACUCCCGAUGCGGUCGAGUCUAUCAUUGAGAAAUGCAUACUGAAAUAUGAGACUGAGUGGCAGAAAAUCUAUAAGCCUAAAGAAGAAACCAAGGCAUGGGCGAAAUGGAUGGCAGCUAAAAGGAGCAACAGCCGUAACCAGCAAAUCAAAGAACUUACACGCUCACUCAAAAAGCUGGAAGGUCGCUUGCAUAAAUUGAAAGAAGCAAUAAAGCAAGUUGAUUACUCUUCGGAAUCCGAGCUACAAACCCAAUGUCAAGCUCUACAACAGACGAUCUUCAGAAUGCAGAAGCACAAAUAUCAUAUUCAUGUGAUAGGACUCGAGAGCUGCCCACUGAAGGUGGCUCCUCCCCCGAAGCUACCAACAUUCAUAAAUUGGCGCAGUAACAGAAGCGAUGAUGCUGAAUCGCUUGACUCGGACUCCGACGAUUUCAUCGAUGACUCUGGAGUUCCACCACCACCUUUUCAACGAGUUUGUCAACCAGAUGGUGCGACGCACCAUUCUUCAUCUUCUGAUGAGGAAGGAGAUAUAAUCAGUGUUUCUGGGACUAUACGGAGGGUGAGAUCUCGAAGAUAUCCAUUUGCCGUUUCAAGUUCACCAGACUCAACGCCUGUCGUAACCAAUGAUGAGACACCGAAAGUCAUUGACCUUACAGAUGACACACCACACCCAGAUGACUAUGAUAUCGCGACACCACCUCUGAAUCCAGUGCAGGUUGAGGUGCCGCAGGUUGAUCCCGCUCUAUACGAGAACAUGUCCCCUGUUUCAGACCUCGGUCCUGACUUCGCUAUAAAAAGAGAGGGGUCGCAGAGAAGAAGAUCCAUUUCUCUGCCUGACAUGGAUGACUAUGAAGCACUCAAAAAACUGGACACCAGCUUGUUGGAGGAGCGUCGAGAUCCGCGUCGUCUUCUCGUCAAGCUGAUUGCCAACCUUGCUCCCAAGGACCGAUCCCAGAUGGCCGAGCGCAUACCCAGCAGAUAUGAGGAAGCGGAUCUUCGAGAGCUCACUGUGCGAGCGUUGGAGUUGAUGCUUCAGAGCCAAGACCGAUUGCCUGACUUGGAAUAUACAGAGAGUAUGCUCGUCAUGCGCGCUUCGUCCUUCUACAUUUCCUGGGUCACCUGUUCUCGGCUCACGGCCAAGGGGAUUCCUAGAAACAAGGUUCGUAGAGCGUUACGGGAAGUUGAAGGCUAUGGGGAAUUCUAUCAGGAGCUAUCCUACCAUCUGGCAGCAUACUGCGAUUGGGAACGAAGCAAUGGGUUUGGGCAUAGCGAUGUCAACGACACACCCCAUAGGUCCAGAAAACGAGCCGUCCAAGAGAGCGAAGCUGCUAGAAAGGCACGAGAGAAUGCGCAACGCCGUGUUGCAAUGCAGGAGAACUCCGCAAAGCUGUACAUGGAGAGCAUGGGAGCAGCCAAUACCGACCAUACGAAUCAAGUUGUCAGCUUUGGGGAUCCACCAAUUCACCUGCAUCAGGCCAUCGCGCGGCGAGUGAAACCUCAUCAGCUGAAAGGAAUUCAAUUCAUGUGGCGAGAACUGAUAGUCGAUGAGACUCAUCAGGGUUGUUUGCUGGCCCACACAAUGGGCUUGGGCAAGACAAUGCAGGUCAUAUCACUUCUGGUGACUAUCUCCGCCGCUUCUAAGUCCCUCAAUCCUGAAAUCAAGAAACAAGUACCGGAGAGGUUUCGUCGUUCUCAGACAUUGGUACUUUGCCCGUCGUCGUUGACCGAAAACUGGCAGGACGAAUUCUACUUGUGGACUCCUCCUACUGUUGAAAUUGGACCCUUUUAUAAGGUCACAAGCAGUGAAUCACUGUAUGAGAGGCUUGGAACGAUCCAAGAGUGGUAUGAAGGAGGUGGAAUACUCAUUUUGAGUUAUGACAUGUUCCGCGCUUGGAUUAUGAACAGGGAAACCUCGAAGAGGUCAAAACCAUUGCCGGAUGCAGACCAUGAGAACGUAAAGAGGUGGCUUCUUGAUGGUCCUAACGUAGUCGUUGCCGAUGAAGCGCACAGAAUGAAAAACUCGUCUUCGGCAGUUGCCCUAGCAGCAAUGCAAAUCAAGACCAAAAGUCGCAUCGCCUUGACCGGCUCCCCACUCGCCAACAAUCUCACAGAUUACUAUGCUAUGGUGAAUUGGAUCGCAGAGGGCUACUUGGGUGAACCACGCGAGUUCCAGGCACACUAUGUUGAGCCCAUUGAGGAGGGUCUGUAUGUUGACAGCACGUACACUGAGCGCCGCAGGUCUCUUGUGAGGCUUAACGUACUCAAAGAAAUCCUCGAGCCCAAAAUCAAUCGCGCAGAUAUCUCUGUUCUUGCUGGAAGCUUGCCUCCAAAGGUUGAAUUUGUCAUCACUGUGCCUCUGACGGACGUACAACAGGCAGCUUACAACUCGUAUGUGCGGUCGAUCUUGGAAGGGAGAUGCGACGUUAAUCGAAUGGAGAUUCUGUCCUGGCUCGCGGUUCUCGGGCUCUGCUGCAAUCACCCGGUGUGCUUCAGGGAUAAGCUCCAAAGCCGAUUCAAUGAUGCUCAGAAGAUCGACAAGAGGCUGGAGGGAUUUGAGAAAGCCCCGGGUGACGAGCCUAUUUCGCAAUUGGGUCUUGAUUUGACAAAGUUACAGAAUGAACAGGAACAAAUUUACUCUGCCGUGCCCGACAUCGAAGCUAUCGAAUUGUCUCAUCGAGCCCGGAUUCUGCACAAGAUCAUCGCCGAAUCUGUACGUGUUGGUGACAAAGUGUUGGUGUUCUCACAUAGUAUCCCGACACUUAACUAUGUCGAAGUCAUCCUCAAGAGGGCAGGCUGGAGAUACUGCCGUCUAGACGGGCAAACACCGGUCUCUCAGCGACAGGGCGCAGUUAAGCGGUUCAAUGGAAAUUCUUCCGAUCUCAUUUAUCUGAUCUCGACUCGCGCGGGAGGGCUUGGUCUCAAUAUCCCUGGCGCAAAUCGUGUGAUAAUCUUUGACUUCACCUUCAACCCGGUCUGGGAAGAGCAAGCCGUCGGGCGGGCGUACCGUCUUGGUCAGAAAAAGCCGGUCUUUGUAUACCGAUUUCUCUCGGGCGGCACAUUUGAGGAGGUCAUGUACAAUAAAGCGGUCUACAAAACCCAGCUUGCAUUCCGCGUUGUUGACAAGAAAAAUCCAGUCCGCUGGGCGUCAAAGAAGCUUGGCGAAUACCUAUUCCCGGUCAAGAAUGUGCCACAAACAGACGUCUCCGAGCACAUCGGGAAGGAUCCUGGGGUGUUGGAUAAAAUCCUCGAGAAAGACGCACGCUCGAGUGAAAGCAUCAUUCGGAAAAUCGGCUUGACUGAAACCUUCCAGAAAGAGGACAAUGACAAGUUGACUGAGGAAGAAAAGCGGGAGGCUCUGGAGGUCAUCACCGACGAACGCCUCAAACGCGAAGAUCCGGCUGCUUGGCAAGAACGAAUGAGAGAAAAACAAAGGCUCUCAACCGUCAUUAUGCCCUAUGGCUCGUAUUCUCAGCCCCUCGCCCAGCCCUCUUUGAUGCCUAUGUCUGGGGCUCCCCUUCCAUAUCAAUAUACGUACUCGCAGCACCCGCCACCGAUGCCUCAGCCUCUGCCAUCCCAGUCAAUGGUUCCACCUACCGUUCACAAUUUCGGUCCUCCUGCGCUCGCCCCUGACUUGAGCCACUUUCAGUUACCAGGCCCGGUGUACAACCAUAUACAGCCUUCGCCGCCGCAGCCCAGUCCGAUAGCAUCUCAGCCUUACUCACAGCCAGCGACGCCACACUCGGUUACUAUGCAAGACGGCCCCAUCGUAGGCAACGGUGAUGCUGGAUACGCCCCACCGUUCGCGAAUCAUUUUACCGCUGUACCAAAGCAAGCAACCGGAAUGCAGAAGGACGGUGGAUACUCCCAGCCACCCAUCGAUCCUUCUAUCAUUCUCCCCGUGCAAAUGGACACGGUAGAAAGUGAGGAAGAAUACUCUCCACCGUCCCCGCAGCCUCUGCCCCCUACGCCAGUGUCAGGAUUGCAGCAGAUCAGCACUGAGAGCACCUGA